AUGACACCUCACACAAUUGUACCUCCCGCAGUAGGCCUUGCUCCGCAGCCCAACGAUAAAUACUCCAACUUUGCCGCCGCCGCUGCUGCUGUUAAUCCCAACUUAAUUUCCUUGUUGAUGAAUCAUGCCAUGCAAACAGAACUUGAAACAAAGCGCAAACAACAGCAUUUCCAUGAACAGCAAAAGUCCUAUGUUAGUGCUCUUGUUGAUGUUACCGUUCAAGUCAUUGCUUCCAUUUGGCCUAAUUCUAUCAGCUCCCCUACUGGAAACAACAAACCCAUUGCCGAUCUCAACACAUUUUUACAUCACAUCUUGAAACACUCUCGCACCACACAUUCCACCCUUCAGCUAGCCAUCUUCUAUCUCUUCAGAAUCCGUUCUCGUGUCCAAGAAAAGAGAAACGACGAUGUCUAUGUGUCUUGUGGGAGACGCAUGUUCCUCGCUGCCUUGAUCUCUGCCCACAAGUAUCUGCAAGAUAAAACUUACAAGAACUCUGCCUGGAGUAAAGUCAGUGGACUGAAUGUACAGGAAAUCAACCAUGCUGAGAAGGUCAUGCUGCAACUACUCGACUAUCGCUUGUAUGUGAAAAAAGACACUUACGAUCAAUGGAUUAUGAUGCUCCAGACCCAUCUCAAGGUGAAUCCCACUACUACCUCCACCGCCGCUACCGCCACUCCUACUAUGCAAGCAACAGCAACAGCAAAUACUGCCUGUAACACCAACACAUCUUCAGCUCAUUUGAACCAGAUUCAGCAAACAAGACAAGCCCUGCUGAGAAAGGCUCAGCUAAGCUUACCAUCUCCUCCACUGGAAGAAUCUUACAUGCCUGAAUCGUCAUCUCAGAAGAGAAAGAAUUCAUUUUCUUUAGAAGAUCAAGAAGAUGAAAGAAUUUCAAAGAGACGUUGUUAA